AUGGAAUCUGCGGUGUUUGAUUUAAAAAUAGAGAAGGCGGAAUCCUUGCCGGGGGAGGAAGGAAGCUCUGCCAGCUUGAAGCCCUUUGGCGAUUGGGAAACCAAAGUGGAGCCGGACAGACUGUCCAUCGUUUCGUUGGUUUUGGUGAGCGAGAUAGUUGGGGUAGGGGUAAGGUCGACAAGGUGGUCGCUAUGGUGUUCGAGGUGGUCGUCGUCGGACAAAGCUGGAGACGAGAAGUCCAUGGCUGGAUCUUCGAAUUUUUCCAACUUGAUGAACUUUUGCAUAUCCUCGGAUUUGAUGGCUAUUGGCUUAGUUGCGGUUGCAGUUGCUGCUGGAACCUGCUGA